CAGUAAGCACUAUGCCAGCUACUGAACAAAACAGACAGGGCCUCAUUCUUAUGCCUAGAGGAGAGACAGACAGCAAAUUAACAUGAAAAGACUGAAAAUUACAACGAUGAUACAAAAUGCCAUGAAGGAACGAAUCACCCAGACUCAGGACUGUCACUGGCUUGGGGAUCUUCCAGAGCUAAAGAGGAGCCCUGCCCUGGCCCCUUAAGGCCAGCCAGAACCAACCUGAUUUUUAGGGCCCACCCUCCGCGAACGCAGAGCGUCUGCUGGUCAGAUUGAUGGUCGGCGACCGCGGUCUCAGAGGCAGUGCAAUCUUGUCCUCGGCUUGGGAAGUUUCCGAACGGCCAACUCAGAUCUUUUGCGCCGCUGCCCGGCAGGGAAAGCCGCCAGCCCAUUCUCAGGGACGGGAGUGGAAGAAUCACACUGCAGCAGGGGUAACAGGGACCGCGGCCAAUGAGGGGGGAUGGGCGCAUUAGAAGAUAACGGGAUGACCGGAGUCAAGAACGCGCCGCCACGACAUCUCCGCCCGGCCUCCUUAUCCUCCAACCGGUGGCCCCAGUUAUCCUCCCAGAUCCGCGCAGCGGCUUCAGAAGUGACAGCCACGUGUAUCGCGGGGGACUAGGAUGUUGGCGUGGGGGCGGGGUUGGAAGGGCGCCCGAGAGGUGAAGAAGGACCCGCGUACGCGUGCCCGGGCGCCGGCUGCCAGGCGACGCCGCCGGGAGCGAGUACGCUCCUGACGUCACUCGCCGUUCGUCCAAUGAGCGGCGGCCAGAGGAAGGCGCCGUUCCGCUCCCUCCCGCCCCCGCUGCCGCCACCACAGCAGCAGCCUCCGGGAGCUUCUGAGGAGGCGCGGGCCGCCGCAGGCUGGGGCGCUGCAGUGCGCCGUCCGGAGCCCCUGGACGAGGCCCAGGGAGCCGCUCGCCCAGACCCCGCCGCCCGAUGUCCUCAAGAUGGAGGUAGGGGGGAGGGCGCCGUGAAGAAAGCCGCGCUGUGGGCGCGGGGGCCAGGGCGCGGGCGCUCCGGGCGGAGGCGGUGGCGGGAUGGGGCUGCUGCUUAUGAUCCUGGCGUCCGCCGUGCUGGGCUCCUUACUCACGCUGCUCACCCAGUUCCUGCUGCUUUACCGCAAACAGCCCGAGCCGCCGCCGGACGAGGCCGCCCGCGCGGCCGACGGCUUCCGCUACAUCAAGCCGGUGCCGGACCUGGCCCUGAGAGAGUACCUUUAUGGCGGCGGCGGGGCUGAGGAGCCCUCCGGCGGGCCACCCGAGGGCGGCCCGACUCCGGCCCCCGAGACCCCCGCCCCGCCGACGCGGGAGACCUGCUACUUCCUAAACGCCACCAUCCUGUUCCUGUUCCGGGAGCUGCGGGACACCGCGCUGGCCCGCCGCUGGGUCACCAAGAAGAUCAAGGUGGAGUUCGAGGAGCUGCUGCAGACCAAGACGGCCGGGCGCCUGCUGGAGGGGCUGAGCCUGCGGGACGUGUUCCUGGGCGAGGCCGUGCCCUUCAUCAAGACCAUCCGGCUCCUCCGGCCCGUGGUGCCCUCGGCCACCGGGGAGCCCGACGUUCCUGAGGGGGAGGCGCUGCCCGCCACCUCCCCCGAGGAGCUGGCCUUCGAGGCGGAGGUGGAGUACAGCGGGGGCUUCCACCUGGCCAUCGACGUGGACUUGGUCUUCGGCAAGUCCGCCUACCUGUUCGUCAAGCUGUCCCGGGUGGUGGGGAGGCUGCGCUUCGUCCUCACCCGCGUGCCCUUCACCCACUGGUUCUUCUCCUUCGUGGAGGACCCGCUGAUCGACUUCGAGGUGCGCUCCCAGUUCGAAGGGCGGCCCAUGCCGCAGCUGACCUCCAUCAUCGUCAACCAGCUCAAGAAAGUCAUCAAGCGCAAGCACACCCUCCCGAGUUACAAGAUCAGGUUUAAGCCGUUUUUCCCAUUCCAAACCUUGCAAGGAUUCGAAGAAGAUGAUGAAGAGCAUAUCCAUAUACAACAAUGGGCACUUACGGAAGGCCGCCUUAAAGUUACAUUGUUAGAAUGUAGCAGGUUACUUAUUUUUGGAUCCUAUGACAGAGAGGCAAAUAUUCAUUGCACACUUGAGCUGAGCAGUGGCCUUUGGGAAGAAAAACAAAGGAGUUCUAUUAAGACGGUUGAAUUAAUAAAGGGGAAUUUACAAAGUGUCGGACUUACACUUCGUCUUGUCCAGUCAACUGACGGGUAUGCUGGGCACGUCAUAAUUGAGACCGUGGCCCCAAACUCGCCUGCUGCAAUUGCUGAUCUUCAGCGGGGAGAUCGACUGAUUGCUAUUGGAGGUGUGAAAAUCACAUCUACACUGCAAGUGUUGAAGCUUAUCAAGCAGGCUGGUGACCGAGUCCUGGUAUAUUAUGAAAGGCCUGUUGGCCAGAGUAACCAGGGUGCAGUGCUGCAAGAUAACUUUGGACAGUUGGAAGACAACUUUCUGAUAGGCCCAUGCCAACCAAACUAUGAAGAGGAAACAAGUGGGUUGGCAGUAGAUGCUGAAAACAGAGACCUGGAUUCUGAAUUUGAAGACUUAGCAAGUGAUGUGAGAGCACAAACUGAGGUCAAGGAUGAGGCACAGUCAUUAAGUCACAGUCCCAAACGUACUCCAACAACACUUUCUGUUAAACCCCUUGGAACUAUAUCACCAGUUUUAAACCGUAAAUCAGUUGUAGGAAGUUACCCACCACCCCCAAAACUUCCAUCCAAAGAAGAAAAUAAGCCCUUGGCCCUAAAAUCUUCUGAGAUAACAGAACCAACACAAGUGUCAAAACCCACCCAAGGAUCCACUUUCAAACCACCUGUGCCACCACGACCACAAGUCAAAGUUCCUUUACCUUCUGCUGAUGCCCCAAAUCAGGCAGAACCAGAUAUUCUCGUUGAAAAGCCAGAGAAGGUGCUGCCACCGCCUGCUGCAGAUAAACCUGCUGAAAAGCAAGCGAAAAAUCUGGAUCACGUCGAAGAAGCAGCUACAGCUAAGCAGCUUCCAGCAAAGCAAGAAGUGGCGAAAGAUUUGACUUCAGAAAGUUCCUGCACUCCUAAGGACAGUUCAGAUGACCAUCAAACGUGGGAGUCAUCAGAAAUUCUUUAUCGUAAUAAGCUCGGAAAAUGGACAAGAACCAGAGCCAGCUGUCUCUUUGACAUAGAAGCCUGCCACAGGUACUUAAACAUCGCACUGUGGUGCAGGGAUCCUUUCAAAUUAGGGGGUCUCAUCUGUUUGGGGCAUGUCAGCUUAAAACUUGAAGAGGUGGCUUUAGGAUGCUUAGCUACAUCGAACAUGGAAUACCUUUCCAAAUUCAGACUGGAAGCCCCAUCACCUAAGGCCAUGGUCACGAGAACCGCGCUACGUAAUCUGAGUAUGCAGAAGGGGUUCAAUGACAAAUUUUGUUUCGGUGAUAUUACUGUUCACUUCAAAUAUCUGAAAGAAGGAGAGCCAGACCACCAUGUAGUUACUAACAUAGAGAAAGAAAAAGAACUCCAUUUGGUCGAAGAGGUUUCUGCCCUUCCUAAAGAGGAGCACUUUGUUGGACAGAUGGGUUUAACAGAAAAUAAACAUAGUUUCCAGGAUACUCAGUUCCAGAACCCAACUUGGUGUGAUUACUGUAAGAAAAAAGUUUGGACUAAAGCUGCUUCCCAGUGUAUGUUCUGUGCUUAUGUUUGCCAUAAAAAAUGUCAGGAAAAGUGUCUAGCCGAGACUCCUCUUUGUGGAGCAACUGAUCAACGGAUAGACCGGGCCCUGAAAAAUCUCAGGCUGGAAGGACAAGAAGCCCUCUUAGGCCUGCCCCCUCGUGUUGAUGCUGAAGCUGGGAAGUCAGUCAACAGAAUGACAGGUUUGACAAGACAUAUUAUCAAUACGAGCUCUCGUUUGUUAAAUCUGCGUCAAGUCUCUAAAACUCGCCUUUCGGAGCCAGGGACUGAUCUAGUAGAACCUUCACCAAAACACACACCCAACACAUCAGACAACGAAGGCAGUGACACAGAGAUCUGUGGCCCAAACAGCCCUUCUAAACAGGGCAACAACACAGGAAUAAAAUUAGUGAGAAAGGAGGGUGGUCUGGAUGACAGCGUUUUCAUUGCAGUUAAAGAAAUUGGUCGUGAUCUGUACAGGGGGUUGCCUACAGAGGAGAGGAUCCAGAAACUAGAGUUCAUGCUAGAUAAACUGCAGAAUGAAAUUGAUCAGGAGUUGGAACAUAAUAAUUCCCUUGUUAGAGAAGAAAAAGAGACAACCGAUACGAGGAAAAAAUCACUUCUUUCUGCUGCUUUGGCUAAAUCAGGUGAAAGACUGCAAGCUCUAACACUUCUUAUGAUCCACUACAGAGCAGGCAUUGAAGAUAUUGAAUCUUUAGAAAGUCUGUCCUUAGACCAGCACUCCAAAAAAAUAAGCAAGUACACAGAUGAUACAGAAGAAGACCUUGAUAGUGAAAUAACCCAACUAAUAGACUCUCAGCCAUUCAGUAGCAUAUCAGAUGACUUAUUUGGCCCAUCUGAGUCUGUGUAACAGUCUGUUUAAACUUUCUAGUGAUUGAGGAAAAGUUGCAUCUAAAGUACCACAGAUACAACCACAUUGAAACCCUCUUAUUAUGCACUUUGGCCUGCUUCUUCACAGUUAUUUGCUUGUGUAAGAGCUAGAGUGGAAAAGGUGGUUUUCCAGCAAAAACAUGAUCAGCUCACUAAAUUGGUUGUUUCAGAUUGCAUUUAUAGCUAUGCUUUUUGGGUUUAUACUGGGAAUUUAUUUUUACUAAUUUAUUUUUAACUUUUUCUAAUUAUGUAAGCUUUUUGUGUUUAUGUAGGUGUGAUGUCUCAUUGUGUUUUUUUUUCCUUCCUCUUCCUAGUUUUUGAAUUAGUGUUAAAUAGGAUACUGUCCAGAUUCUUGAAAUAUUUUCAUUUCCAUCACAGUUAUAACAACAAAUUUGCUGCAUGCCCAAAUUGACAACAGCAAUCAUUGAGGGAACAGGUUUUGAAUCGUACUUUGUGUUAUGAAGUUUGUCAUAUCUACUUGCUUGAGAUUUUUGUUAUUUUGGCGUUUGGGGGAGUGCUUUUUGUUUUGAUUUUGCCAAAUGUAACAUGAAAGCCGCAGCUUUAGUUAGUUAUGCUGAUUUAGUAAAAAAAAAAAAAAAGUUUUACAUAUAUUGCUUGUUUUUUAUGCUUUUGUGAAAUUUUUUUCUAAAGCUUAUGUGCAGUUUAAGUAUAGUGAGAAUAUAGUGAUUAAUUUGAAGAGCUUGCAUUGAAAAACAAAAUGCAACAGGGAAUAAAUACAGAAUGCAGUUGGUCAAGAAUUUUGAGAGGAUGACCAGAUUACUAAAACAAACAAACAAAAAACAGUAACCAGCAGGAUUUUGAAAUAUAAUCUUUCAAAAUGUUGACACUUGCCUUUCAAAUGGAAGUACUAAACAUUUAUGAUUAUUUUUCAUCUUCAGUUCUCCCAUAGGAAAUAAAGCAUGUAGAUAUCUGAAGUUUCAGAGGACUGUUCUUAAAAUGCCCUUGUUGAUAUCUGGUUUGGCUGUUUUGUUUUAGAAAAAUAGUCAUGCAUGAGAAUGCUGUAAGGGAGAGGAAUCAUGCAGAAUAGAUUUAUUGCUUUGUCUGACAUCCUACAGGCUUAUCCUAUGUAUCAUCUUACAGGCUGAUCAUUCUGAAUGCUUCUGUAGUUCAGACUGUCUUAUUAAAAAAAGAAAAUUACACAGCGUCAAUACAUAGGAAUUGGAACCAUUUCUCUUAAAAUGAAGGUCUAGUCUGAUACUCAGGCCAUCGUGUGGAUCCCAAUAACACAUGACUGAGGGAAAACAUGUGAGCAUGACCUCUGUUGGUAUACCAUAAAAGUUUUGGCCUUUUAUAUGUCUAUAAAAUAGAUAUGUACAUGUUUUUCCCUUUUGUAGGUAGCUACUAUGAUAAUUGCUAUAUAGUGAAACUGACAUGAAUUUAAAACUAGAUGGUGGCAGUUUUUAUGGCUGGCAGGAAAAGGCAUAGUAUAAUAGUAAGGAUUCUGGCCCAGGUCUAUAACCCAGGACUCCAUACAAGAGUUUAAGUUCAAGCUCUUCUGUUGGCCAUUAGUGAACUGUGUAACCAUAGGCAAGCCACGAAAGGGCUCCAUGCUGCAGGCUCCCCAGCUGUAAAGUAGGAAUAAACAAAAUUUAUUCUACCUCACAGGAUUGUUGUGAGGAAAACAACAGCGUAACUGCAGAAGUUUUCUGAACAGUAACAAGCUAUUGAAAUAAAAGGGUUAUAUGGAUGAUAAAAACAUUUUUAUGGGUAGAAAAGCCAUUCCACUUUUAAAAUCAAUAGUUCUCAUUCUUGCUAUUUUAUUAUUAAGUAAAAUAUUAGGAAACUAAAUACCUUUCUUGGCCAAGUUUAUAACAAAAAUAUAUCUGUGUAUACCCCCCAUUUUUGUUUAAACAUGCUUGCAUUUUAACACUGCUGUAGAAGUCUUUAUACACCAAAUUCACUGAAAGCUAAAAUGUUGUUCUGUAACAAUAGCUUGAAACAAUCUUCCCAAUGUAAUAAGCAACUGUCAUCUUAUCAUAAAAAAUCACUUACCACUGACAACCUGGAAGGCAGAGUAAGUGGCUGGUGGUUUUGGAUUAUACCAUGAAGUUUUAGUGACAUCCAAGCAUGCUGCUGAAACUGAUGCAUUUGAAAGAGCUGUAGAAAUAAUGCAAAACUUUGGUUUCAUAAAAAUCUACUCAUGUUUUAAAAGUAUUUAACUCUGUAGAACCACAAUUAUGGAAAGCUCAGUAAUGCUGCUAAUGAUAUUUGUAAAAUGUACCUUCAAUGUAGUGCAAUAUUUUUCUAUUUACUGGGAGAGGCAGUAGAGGCAUCACAGUUGUAGUUUCGUGCAAGGGGGGCGGGCGGUGGGACACGCCAAUAGCCUAAGGAAUAGUAAGGUAUAAGGCUUCAGUGAAAACAGUUGUAUUAUAUCACAUUCCUGAUGUAAUCUUUCUGCCAUGCUAUGUUAUCAAUAGCUAAAAAAUAAUAUUAAAUAAAAACUACCACAGAAAACAAGAAUAUCUUCAUUUGAUGUCAUCUAAAAAAGGUGACUGCUGCAUCUCUAUGGAAUUAUUGCCUGGUAUAAUUGGGCCAUGAAGAUAAGUUUAACAAAGUCCGCUUUUGCUAAACAAAAUUGCUAUUCUGAAAAUUGUCUAAAAGCAUUAAAUUUUGGUUUUACUAUUUUUUUAUGCUGUGACAAUCAGAUUUAUGGAUUUGCCUCUGCUAUCUAAUAGUAAUUGGACUAAAGUGUAUUUGCUACAUUGGUAUUUAGAUGAAUUAUUAGGUUAGACAGUCAAGCUGAGCAAUAUUUUAGCAUUUAGAAUCAAUUCAUAUGCUACAUUUCUUAAUAUCAGACCUUACAUUCUUCAGUAUCAGAACUAGUUAAAACACUAUGUGGCCAUUUUUUGAAUUUAAGAGGAGAAAACACAUGCUAAAAAUUUGAAGGUACUGUCAAUUCUAAAUUUAAGUAUUGUUGAAUUUUUUGAAAGGCAGUUUGAAGGUAUUUGGCUCUUACUGAUAGUAAGAUAAUAAAAUCUCAAGUCCCCUAAAAGUGAAUAAAUUUAAAAUCACUUUAAUUUUGAAAUGUAUUGAGUUUAUUUCUAAAUUGAGACAUAACAGCUUUCCUUUAAAAACAGGGUUGGGGGAGGUUCCCUUAAGGCUUUUUAAGCCAUGAAUCCAUUUUAAGAUCUGUUUAAAACCAUGGAUUCUCACCCCUGAAAGGUGCGCACAUGCGCACCCUAAGUUUUAUGGCACUUCCAGGGGCCGUGGACCUACUGUGUCAAGUGGCUGCAUAUCAUAGUUAUUUUCAUCAGAUGAUAUAGUUAUUUGUUCGUAGCCAUCAGGAAAACAAUGUAACUUUAGAGAUGCAAGGAUAACUUACUGGUUGGUUCCACACUGACACCAUGUGGCUAGUUACAUACUUCAAAUUAAAACAAAUUUUGCAAAGCCAAAAAGUAUGGUUCAAACUAGUCUGGAGUAGAUUUUACCUGAUGCCUGCAAGCAAAGAAGAAUCGUUUUUAAUUGAAUACCCACAGUUAAAACAGUACCUUCUUACAUAUUUUAUUCCAAUGAUAAUAUCUGGUUAACAAAGGAAUACAACAGGCACAGUAGUGUUCAGAAGAUUUAUUAAGUAAACUAGCUAAAACAUGACGUAGGUGGAUACACUUAGCAGUCAAAAGAAAGAAUUGAAUAUUUAUCACUACCUCAUUAAGCUUUUUGUAUCUGUUUUGCCAGGUACAAACAUAAAAAACACCUCUGCUCAAAAAAUAAAUGUUCAGAGAGCUGUGUGUUCUUUGUUCUGAUACACACAUUAAAAAAAAAAAAAAAAAAGCUUUUCUU